AUUAUCAUUAUCACAAUCAUAUUUUAAUAAAAAGAAUAUAUUUUCAUUUAUUUUCUGUUUAUUUAAAAAAGAAAUAUUUGAUAAAAGUUAUUUUUUUUUUUAUUUUAUAUGAAAAAAGUGUCUAUAACAGAAUAUGUCAUUUUUAUUUUUUUCGUUUAUCUAAUAUCUUAAAAAAUGUUUAAUAUGUGUGUGGUGUGUGUGAUAUGAAUAGUUUUAAAAAAACUGAACGAAAACGACAUCUCUCAUAAGAUAUUUAAUUAUUUAUUCUAGUUUAAUGUAGUCAAGAAUGAUUCAUAUUAGAAAGUCUCCUGUUGUUCCUGUUGUUUUAUGAAUUUAUCGGGAAAUAAUAAAUGUGAUUGAAAAACUGAAUAAAUAUCGAUGAAAAAUGAGUUUUUAUCAAAUAUUAUAAAUAAAUGUAAAUAAUAAUUAAAUUCGUUUCAUUCUAAUAUAAAACAUUUUCAUAGUUCCUUUAAAUAUUUUUUUAGUUUCGUCAAAGAAAAGAAAAAAAACGAAUAGAUUUACUUUUAAGAAAAAACAAAUAAACUGAUUUUAUUCUAUUAUAAAUGAUGAUUAUUUAUGAAAUAUUCUUAUUUCGAAGAAAAAUAUUUUCAUAUCAAGUUGAUUGAACUUAGCUUAAUUUAUCAAAUUAAAUUUGACUAAUUUAUUUUUCAAUUUUUAUCUAUCAAUAAAUAAAUAUAUAUGUUCAACUGAUUUAUAGUAAAAUAAAAUUUUCAAAUUUAUUCAAUUUAAUAAAAUAGAUCGAAGAAGUUUAUUUUAUUAUUGAUAAAUAAUCAAUUCAGUAUGAUAAUAACAUAUUGUUAAUCUUAAUGAAAUACAUUAGACGAACAUAUUUUUUUAAUGCAUUUAUAUAAAUAUAUUAGUUAAAACUGAUUUAUUUAUUUUAAUUAGAUAAAAAAACAAAAACAAAAGAGAAUGAAUUGUCAAUCAUUAUCAAUAUUAUCUCGAUUUGUAAAAAUUAAUUCAAAUAUUGAAAAUCGAUUUAUUCUAGGAUAUAACAAUAGUAUUUUAGUUAAUAUAAAUCAAAAAUCAAAUUGUCGAGAUUUAGGAAAAAUUUCAUCAAAUAAUCGACGACCAAGCCGUAUUCGUCGAUUUAUUCGUUGAUUUGGAUGGAGAGCUGAACCAAUUAUAUCAUCACUACCACUACCACUACCACUACCACCACAACCAUUAACAAUAAUGCAAAAAGUAAAAUGUUUUUAACUUAUUUCACCAUCAAUUGAGAGAUUUUUUCUUCGAUCUUAUAUUGUUAAAGAUGAAGGUUUAGCAAGAUUAUUAUCUAAAACAGCUUCUAUUACUAUUUAUGUUAUGUUAACUGUAAAAACAGUUGGAAGAAUUUGUGUUGAUACAAAAGCAUUAUUAGCUAGUAUUGGUAUAAAAGAUUUUACAAUUGGUUUUGCUCUUAAAUAA